AUUUUAAAAGCGAAUCGGGACUAAUGCUGGAAUGUUUCAGGAGGAAGGAGAGAAAGCUGGGAAUUCUGACGAAAGUUGAAGAAACAAAGUUGUCUCAGUUUGCGAAAAGAGUUGUUGGGAAUCUAAAAGAACCCAAGAAACCUGCUUUCAAUGAGGAGGAAACUGAUCUUCUGGUAAAAUCCCUGGGAUUUCUGAAAUCUGAGAUCACCGAAGCAGAAGUUUGUCUGGUCAACUUGUUUUCUGAGGCUGUGCGAAAUCGUUGGAAAGCGGAGGAUUUUCUCAUUGAAGAGCUUGAAGGAGGCAGAGGAGAGAUUCUUGCCAAGAUCUGGACAAGAAACAAGGACGAUCUCAUUGCACAUUUUUCACAACCUCAGCAUUCCAACCAGGUGGAAUCCGUCUCUCACAGCUUAUCAAUCACCACUGCGACCUCAAAGCAGAAAUCAGUGGCAAUUCCUGCCUCCACUUUCAUA